UUUGAUCGGAAAAGUUUUAAAUUCAAUUUAUCUAUAGAGAGAGAAAGGAGAAUGUGACUCUUAUUAACUUUAUUGGAGCAAAAAACUAAAGAAUUAAGAAAAAGGCGCAACAAAUAGGUGAAGUAAUUUUGUGAAGUAAAGUUUUAAAUAAAGUUGGUUAUGUGCAAUGCCGAGAUGCUACAAUGACAGCAAGACAUCAUUUGGAUGUAGAAGAAGACCCACCGACAGUUGAAAAAUCCCACAGGCGACUUCGCUGUGAUCUAAGUCCAGUUCCAACAAGUGCAAAUUCUAGUUUCAACAUCAAGUUUCUCGGCUUAAAGGGUGACAGGAAUACUUGUCAGGAUCAUCAGGUGAGCACUGGAUCUGGAGGGCACAGAGAAAGAGAUAGAGAGAUUAAAAAGAGAGCAGCUAUAGGCAACACAGUGCGUGGAUUCCUCUCAUCUGGCCACAGCAGGCAGGACAGGUAUGAUACAAAUACCAGGCAACGUUCUUCAGGCGGAACUGGCGGUGGUUUGUCUAGUUUAUGUCCUAAGUUGGUGGCCAGUGGAGGUAGUGGCAGUCAAAGCGGCAUCAGUUUGGCAGUGGGCCACUUAGCCUCUCAGGAAACUGGGGGCACUUGCACAGUCGUCACAACUCAAAGGCUUCACAGUCACGCACAUAAUCAUAGACGCCAAAGAAAGUUAUCUAUUGUACAGGCAGGUCCUAGUGCCAACAGUACUGGUGAUAAAAAGGUAUUAUCAAAUGUAAAUCGCUCUACUAGUAUCUCCAAAAAGCAAAUACGAGCGCAGAGACACGAACAGAAUGCUGAUUCUUUAUCUAUAACUAGUAACGGUCUUGCGAGCAAUUUGCCAUCUUCCAAAAAGAAAGUAUUAUCUGUUCUGCAUCUGCCCGAUAGGUCAUCUGCCCAAAGCGUAAACUCAUUAUCCUUAGAUCAUGAAAAUGAUCGUAGUUUUAGUGAUGCCGAAGAAGCAAUCGCGGCAAUUGAAAAUGCGGCGCAAGGAUCUAGUUCUACACCUUCUACGCCAAGUAACAAAGUGAAGGCGACGAGCAACAGCAAAAAUGAGGAAGCAAAUGUGGAACGUAAUAAUGCAGAAUGUAACAAUCUGUCGGAGAAUGCUGCAGAUGUGCAACAGCAUUUGAUUUUAAAUGAUUUUGAGCAAGAAGAAGAUGCUUUACCAACAAAAUCACCUGUAGAAUCUAAGUCACAUGGAGUCAAUCAGGAAAGUACUACAAAUAAUAAGCAAAAAUUGUUGUCAGGCUCCGCCAGCAAUGCUAAAUUCGUUAGUAUUAGAGACGAUCAAAAGGUUUUGAAGCGCAAGAAUACAAAUUCUACAGAGAAAAUGAUUGAACAUCAUACUAGUAAGGACAUCGAAGCGAUCAACGUGGAAAAGGAUUUGGAUGACACUGCGAUAUCGGUGGAUCCGGAAAUGAAUUCCACAGAUAGCAAGGAUAAACAAACGAAGAGGGGGAAGUCUAUCGAGUAUACGGAUGGCUGCGAUGACGGUGCCGAUAAAGAAUUGAACAGCGAUAAGAAAGAGCUGGAAAAUAAUGCGGGUCCAAGUGAGGAAAUAAUUAAGAGCUCAAGGUUUGUAACGUCGAAGGUAUUGGAAGAAGCUGAAGCAGACAACAAGACGACGGACGUGGAGAAGGAAGAGGAGGAGGAACGGGUGACGAUAUACGACGACGAUGGCACCAGUAUCAGCGAUAUAGUAGCUGCUCAGGCGCUGCACGAGUCAUUGAGUAAACUGGGCAAGGUUCCGCCGUUGGACACGGAGAUGGAGGAAGGGACGCAGAGUGCGGAUCUGCGGGACGAGAAGGCGAAGAUGAGGCAGCAUCCUGAGAAGGAUUUGGUCGCCCAGGAAGAAACGGUGGAGGGCUUCAUUGGUCCGUUACUCGAUGAGAACUUCAAAGCGGAUGAAAAGCUGUCGCAAAAGACUAUGGCGAUGGAGGAGGUACAGAAUUUGUUGAUGAAAGUGAAAGUGCAAACUGUGGAGGACGACGACGACGAGGAGAAGGCUGUGGGCAUCUCGCCGGACGGAAGAUUCCUGAAGUUCGAAGAGGAAAUUGGUCGUGGUAGUUUCAAGACUGUUUAUCGUGGCUUAGAUACCCAAACGGGGGUAGCUGUAGCUUGGUGCGAAUUGCAGGAGAAAAAACUGAAUAAAACAGAAAGAUUGCGAUUUAGAGAAGAAGCUGAAAUGUUAAAGGGAUUACAACACCCGAAUAUUGUAAGAUUUUACGAUUAUUGGGAGGUUACACUUACUCGUAGAAAAUAUAUUGUACUAGUCACUGAACUUAUGACAUCAGGAACAUUAAAAACGUAUCUGAGGAGGUUUAAGAAGAUAAAUCCCAAAGUAGUAAAAUCUUGGUGUCGACAAAUCUUGAAGGGUCUGAGCUUUCUUCAUUCUAGAUCACCGCCUAUUAUCCAUCGUGAUUUAAAAUGCGACAAUAUUUUUAUCACUGGCACAACGGGAAGUGUGAAAAUUGGUGAUCUAGGUCUCGCGACAUUGAAAAAUCGCAGUUUUGCAAAGAGCGUUAUCGGCACGCCGGAAUUUAUGGCACCUGAAAUGUACGAGGAACAUUACGACGAGUCGGUUGACGUUUACGCCUUUGGUAUGUGUAUGCUCGAAAUGGCUACUAGUGAAUAUCCAUAUUCCGAGUGUACAGGACCAGCACAAAUAUACAAACGCGUAGUAUCGGGCGUGAAACCGCAAAGUUAUGAUAAAGUUGAGAACCCAGAGGUGCGUGAUAUCAUAGAAAUGUGUAUACGUUUGAAGAAGGAGGAACGACCGCUCGUUAAGGAUUUGCUCAAUCACGAAUUCUUUGCCGAUGAUGUCGGAUUGAAAUUGGAAAUGGUAUCGCGGGACUCGGCGGUCGCGGACACUGAACUGUCUCGUGUCGAAUUUAGAUUGCGCGUGCUGGAUCCUAAGAAACGUAGUAACAAGCACAAGGAAAACGAGGCGAUACAAUUCGACUUUGAUAUACAGGCUGACAACGCGGAAGAGGUAGCGCUAGAGAUGGCGAAAUCCAGCCUCAUAUUGGAGGAGGAUGCUAAAGCGGUGGCCAAAAUGUUGAAGUCGCAGAUUACAACCCUGUUGAGAGAGAGGGAGGAACGUAAAGCUAAAGAAGAGAAGGAACGUUUGGACAGAGAAACCGCUACAGCCACAGAUGCCGCGACUAACGCUGCCGCAAACUCGGAAAAUUUAUUACAGCAACAAUUGUUGCUUCAGCAGAUGCAGUUACAGCAACAACAGCAGCAGCAACAACAACAGAUUCAAUCCAAUAUCGGCAUGCAGAUGCAAAAUCAAGUCCCGAUACAGUUACAACAGACUCAAAUGCCCAUUCAACAACAGCAACUACAGUCGACUAGUCAACAGACUCAACAACAUAAUCUACAGCCGCAGCAGGUUCAGUUGGUCCAACAGCAACCGAUAAUACAACAGCAAACCUCGGUUGUGCAACCUCAGCAGGCGCAGCAGAUACAGUAUCAGCAGCAAAUACAACAGCAAUAUCAGCAGCAGCAACCUCAAUACGCUCAGCAUGUUCCGCAGAGUUUGAAUGCAAAUUCUCCGCAAUGCUCGACUCCGCAGAACGUUCAGGGCCAGCCUCAGUUUCCUCAAGUACCGCAGCAGAUGCAGCAACAGCAGCAACAGCAACACGUACAACAGCAAUACAUACAAUUGAAUCAAAUGAGCGUCCCGCAACAGAUCCCCCAUCAGAUGCAGCAACAGAUGCAGCCCCAGAUACAGAUGCUGUCGCAGCAGCAACACGCGAUGCACCAGCAGCUACAACCGCAGCAACAGCAAUACGCGACACAGCCGCAGAUCCAGCACGUUCAGCAGCUGCAUCAGCACUCCGUCGGCUCGCAGCCCGUUCAGAAUCAGCAAUACUAUCAGCAAAACUCCACCGGCGCCGCUUCGGGAUACGUAUCGGCGGGUUCUCUGUAUCAGCAGACCAUGCCACAGCAAAUCUUUCACACGUACACCACAUCCACCAAUCCUUCCGGCCACGUGGAGAUCCUGUCGUCCACCCAAACCGCCACGCAAAUUUAUUCUCACGCGAGUCUACCCGCCGCAAUCCCCGCACCGUCGUCGCAGUCGCAAUACAUACAAUCGGGCCAAGUUCAGGCGCCCAUACCGUCGGCCAUAAACGUCAACAACUCGUCAGCUGUGACUCACAUGCCAAAUGCACAGACUUCGACAAUUCCCAAUAUGCAGAACGCGCCUCCAUUACUCGGCAAUCAGCCUCAGUCUCAGCAAAACAUUCUCGUACAGAUGCAAUAUUCCCAAAGCACAAAUGUCAUGCCCAACUCUAUCUCGAUGACACCUAACGUCGCGAGUGUCCCGGCACAAUCGUCCACGAAUCUGCAGCAGCAACCGCAACCGCAUCAGCUGUUUCUCUCCAAUACGGAACAAUGUCCUCCCAAUGCGAACGACAGGUCGCUAUUGGUGAAACAGGACACGAUGGAUUCGAUACAGUCUCUGCCACCGGAUGUACCGAUCAAUCAGGAGCAAAUUGUCGCAACGUCCGCUCCGGUUGCGACCAACGUUGCGCAACAGCCUGUAGCGUUGAGUGACGGAGUUACGCCGGAAAAUUCGGAAAGCGUCGCUACUUCCGAGAGGAACCGGGUGAAACGUUCAGGAACGAAACGCAAGAAGCCGUGCAUCAAACUGACAGUCCUGUCUGUCAGCCGUGGCGAGGGACAAUCGAUGACCGUGGAAUGUCAGUUAGAUACGAGUAAACAAAAGACUGUCACUUUCAAGUUUGAUCGAGAUGAUAUGGUACCUACGGAUAUUGCCAAUAAUUUGGUUGCGGAAAAUCUAUUGCCACAGUCUCAAUGCGAGACCUUCGUAGAAUUAAUCGAAGACAUCGUCAAGCAACUACGUUUGGAUCCUACGCGUAGCCUACCUUUGGUAGCUCACGGUCCACCUGAUCAAUCCGCGGGUGGCAGUCCAGUUACGAGUCGACGUCCUCGGGAUCGCGACCACAGUCUCGAUACAGCUAAGCAGGUGAGACAUGGCUCGCUAACACGUCAAAGCAGCCACCGAUCGUCGUACAAAAUCCAUCGUAGACACCGUUCGAGAGACGAAACCUCAAACACCUCAACCCCGACAAAAUUAUUGCCGAUCGAUCAGAUCAUUUCGCACAUCGCCAGCAGUACCUUGGAGAAGCAACAACAACAAGUCGUUCAGACCCCCGACAGUCAAACGGGCGCGGAGAACAAUAACACGUCGGCGGAGGCCUCUAGGAGAUCGUCCACGUCGACGCAGAACACCGACACCCUGACACCUACGAAUAUCCCGAGCGAUCCUACGGACAAUCAGCAAGAGACGACAAUCGCCUCCGCAACAUCCGCGGAAACGGUGGUGGAGGCUCAUCCCAACAUCCAGAACGAUGCCAGUAAUUCAGCCUUCAAAUCUUACCAGAGUCCUCAAACGGUACCGGGCACUCAGGUGCUGCAACAGGACGCUGCGAGCGAGUCGAGGGAAUCUCCAGAGCAUCAGCAGGACGUGGUGGAUCUGAAGGAACUCGGAGCGCCGAAGGAGCCGACGAACGCGUCCGACGUGACCGCGGAAAUAUCCAGCUUGACGGUGCCGAGCGCGCCGGCGCGCAAGAUCUCUCGCUUCCUGGUGAGUCCCGUGGUCGAGCAGAAGAACCUCACGGCCGAGGAGGAGUCCGUCGCGAACGAAGGCGCGGGUCGCGCGUCGCAGAACCAGCCUGUCGCGGAAAACGAAGAGCACGCGGUCGCGGACGCGAGCGUUCCGGAAGCCGCGAGCGUUGCUCUGUACGAGCAAGUCGGCAGCAACGAGAUGGUCCCGGGUACAAACGCGGAACAGACGGACAGCGGCGUCCAGCAGAUCCUGCAGCAGCCGCAGUCGAUCGGGCUGCAGCAGAGCAUCGUCCAGGUGCAGACUGUGACGGGACACAUGCAGCAGACCACGACGACGACGACGACCAUCGGCCAGGCGAAGCAGCACACUAUCAUCGUGCAGCAGGGAGCUGCGAUAGCGACGCCACAACAGAUGGCGCAGAGUGCUGGCGGCGUGCAGCAGCACUUUGUCCCGGUGAACGCGCAGAAGGAGCUGCAGCAGCCGCUGCCGCCGCUUCACGCGAACGGGAUAGCUCCAGCGCAGGCGCAGUACCCGGCUCAGACGAUCAUGCAGUCUCCAGCCGCCGUCGUGAUGCAGCAGCAGCAGCCGCAGCAACAGAUCCCCAUGCAGCAGAGCGUGAUGCAGUCCCACAUGCAAGCGGCGGACCAUCAGCUGCAGCAGGCUCAGCGUGCAGCCUCGACGGUGCAGCAGUUCGUGCCGCAGCAGGUGCAGCAGCAAGCAGCCCCCGGCCAGCAGUACGUGAUCCUGCAGCCGAUACAGCCGACGAUCGACGAUCGGAAUCGCAGGGCGUCGAACAUAUCCAUUGCCUCGAACGUCUCGAUGGAUUCCCAGCUCUCGGAGUCGUCCAACCUGGCCGAGGAGAAGAGACAGGCCGUCGUGAACGCGGCUAAUAUACCCGUAGCGAGUCACAUGCAACACCAGGUGGUCCCGCAGGAUAUGUCGAGCGCGAUGACGAUGCAGCAGCAGAAUCUCAGCAUGGAGGUCGCUCAGCAGACUCUCCAGGCCGCUCACUCGAGCCAGAACGUGCAGCACAACGCUUUGGGCGCGACUUCUGUACCCGUCCCGGUGCCCCUCCAGGUGCAUCCGGACGUCUCCACGUCCAAGGUCGCGACGAUUAAGACGAAGGAGGUGUCCUCGACUCUGCCGGACCUUGCGCAGAACCUGGCGAACAUACUCUCGAAUCCGAAAUCCAAAUCUGUGACGCCUCAUCCGCUGAGCAACAGCCACGAACAACCGACCGCCGUGCCUAAUUCGGCGACUGUCGCAGCCACCGCCACCGCCACCGCCGCUGCCGUUGCUUCCACCUUGGUCGACUACAAACCCGCGGUACAGUCCGAGCAGUAUUUUCAACCUAUACAACCGGAAGCGAGCCAGCUGAGCCAGAUUCAGCCGCCCGUUCAGCAUAAUUAUCAAGGGCAGAUCGUGCAUCAGGGAUAUCAGGGUCAGCCGACGUUUCAGCAGACGUUCCCGAAUCAGCAGCUGCUGAUCCAUCAGAAUCAGGUGCAGUCGACUGCUCAGCUGCAAACGAUCCCGUUAACGAUCCCGCAGCAGAUCGAGUUGCAGUCGCAGUUGAUACAGUCGGCCAUCUUGACGGGACAGCCGACCUCCGCUCAAGGAAAGUGGUUUAUCACGACCAAUCAAGCCAAUCCUCCUCUUCCCGCGCAGCAACACCAGCCGAUGUUGCGACACAUGCAGGGCCAACCGUUCCAAAGUCAAUUACAGUUGCAGCAAAUCCCGAUGCAGACCCAAGUGCAACAGCAGAUUAUGCAGGACCUGCACAACGAGGCUUCUUUUUUGGAUCAGUCACACUUGCAUUUGAAGCUUCCGGAGCAGCAGCAGCAGCUGCUGCCGGCAAAACUGCUGGAGGCCGAGACCUUGGAAUCUGCGAAUUUAAAUUGCAUCCGUCGCGCCAGUUCCGAUUGCCAGUUGCUCACAUCCGAGAACGAGAACUCGAGCCAUGACGUGACGCCCGAGCACACCCUGGUCGAGUCCAUCGAUUCCACGUCGAUGUUGCAGCAGCAGCUGUCGCAGCCGCACCAUCAGCAGCAGCAGCAGCUUCAGCAGCAGCAUCGCAAGCUUAGCCAACAGAAUUCGCUGGACAAGGUGUCGGAUAUAAGCAGCGUCGGGAGCAGCGCCGGACCACAGACGAUAGCCGACCUGCAUCAGAAACUCGUGCAAUUGACUAGUCAACCCUCGGAAGCGUUGAACGUCGGCACGCCGCCCAUAAGCUACCCCGCGACGCCUCACAACCACCAGAUGGUCGGAGGAUGCGACACGUACAUGCAUUCCUUGCAACAGAAGCUCUUCAACAUCGGUAUGCCGGUCCUGUCCACGAAUGUCGCCGGAUGCCCGUUGUCUCCCCAGACGACGAUACAUUCCUCUGCCAUUCUCACCGACGCCCAGGUCGGCGAUGCCGCCAUCGACGCCGCCGCUAUGAUCCAUGAGAGUGCCGGCACGUUUGCUCAAACCAAUGUGGAAUGCUCCCUCGAUAGUCCAACACCGGGAGUGGGAGCUCUCGGGACGGCGCCCGAAACUAUGAGUCCUAGUAAGGAGAACGUCAAGAUGCGGGCUCAAAGACCGGGAUCUCGUUUGCAGGAAUUGGAGCAGGAAUUGGCAAAGAUUCAUCACAGAGGCUCUAUCUUCGCGGCGGCUCCGACGCAGCCUUUAACGCCACCGAUACCUAUACAAACGCAGCAACAGCUCGCGCAAAAUUUAUUAACUACCGCUCUUCCGGUGACGACUUGCAUAUCUAUAGCCACUGUCGCUCCUAAUGUUGUAACACCGCGAUCUGACACUAAUACUCCAAUUCAAACGGAACUCCAAGAUGGCGCUAACGAGAAAGCAAAUCCUGCCCAACCUAUCCGAAAAUCGAGAUUCGUGGUUUCCAAAGUUGCAGGUCCGCCUCAUAGUAAUGUUAUAAUUAAUCAACAACAGCUUGCUGAUGCUGCGAGAACUCAGUUGCAACAAACGGAAGAAUUAAAAACUUCAGAAAGGCAAACGGUUCCUUCUUAUCAGACAGAUGAUCUGCAUGGUGUACCUGUACAAGUACCUCAUAGCCGAGAGAAUUCUGUUCCGCCAACUGUACAAGCAGUUCAUGGUACUAAUAUUUUAAGUAUCGAGCCCGAAAAAGAAGAAAGGUUUAUGGCUCUUACACCGAGUGAAGAAUAUCAACUGCUUAUAAAAAGGCAAACUUUGGAAUUGGAAACAUUGCAGAGAAGACAUAGGGAAGAGUUGGAACGUUUCCAGCAGCAUCAGUUACAAUUGCUUAUUCAGCAGCAGCAGCAAGCAAGUGCCCUCCAUCAACAUCAGCAUCAUCCAUUACUUUAUCAUACUGUUGCGACAAAUAUCACUGGUUCGAGAAUUCCAGGAACGGAGGACUACUUCAUGUUCACGGCGCCGCAGACCCCAUUGCAGAAAGGCCCGAACAACUAUCCGGACACGGACGAGACCCUGCGAUUAGCCAUGCAAAAGUUGAAGCAGACCCCGCUGCAGCUCCAACCGCAGCAGCAGGCAUCGGCUGGAAUACCUGCUUACGUUAUCCCGAUUCCAGUAGUGCCUUCCGAGAAUAUGCAAAGUGUGGUCUCCCAGCAGGGUACGAAUAACUAUUGUGCGAAUGAUAUAUCCGAGGGUGAUCGACCCGAUGCACUCGGGCGGCAGUACCAGUUCGCCCCGCUGUCGUCCGAGGGGACGAGUAUUCCGUCGGGCGGACCCGCGCCCUUAUCGAUAUCGAACUCGACGGGGACGACCUAUAUCCAGUAUCAUGAGGGCGGCCAGCAGCCGCUGACGAAUUUCCAAACCUUCAGCUGCGCGCCCCACGGUGGCUUCUUCUUGCCGGCUGGAUAUCGGCUGAUUUACGCGCCGCCUCCCGCCUCGGGGACGACUCCGACUCAGCCGGCGACUCCCGCCGCCUCUCAGCAGAUUCUAGCAAAUUCCUCUUCUUCGCGCGAUAACGACACGCCACCGACGGCGGAGCCGCAUUACUCGACCACUCUCGAGGGCUCGACGGCUCCACUCUCGGAGAAUAUUCAAUAAUGCGAUACUCUCCGCUCACACGCUUCUGUAUCUUUUCCGGUUGUCGAUCUGUGCUCGUUCUUUCUUCAGUUUCUUCAUGCGUUCGAUAUCGUCUCUAAGUGCGGGUUUUUCGUAUUUUUAUCAGCGCGAAUGUAUUAAGUAGCACUUGACGUUAUUAAACGUCAAAGUAACGUCAUUAGAUGUCAAAUGAUGUCAUUCGACGUCUAUGACGUUACGCUUGCUACCUGGAUCUAAAAUAUCUAUAGAAAUAUAAUUUGCUGUGAAAUGCGCGCGAGUCUCGCGUCGCCUAGACAUUAUUACUACGAAGACGGAGUGCGAAGAGACGGAUUAAGAGAGAGAGAGAGAGAGAGAGAGAGAGAGAGAGAGAGAGAGAGAGAGAGAGAGAGAGAGAGAGAGAGAAAAACAUGAGUGGAAGAAUAUAUACAAUGUUUUUCGAUGUGUAUGAUGAUGUCCUUGCGUAUAUUAAACAAAAUAUCAAA